CACUGCUCUUACCACCACACACCUCCCACUUUAUUCUUAGAGCAUAUUGGCCUUCUAUUCUGUAACAGAAAGAGGCUUUCUUUUUGUUAGGUUUUAGGGAGACAGGGACAGCAAAUUGGUUCUAGAACUGUGAGACUGAAGCUGUCUAAGACACAGCCAGGUAUAAAAAUAGACUAAGGCUGCUACCAUCUGCUAGACACCCGACACUUCUGUAAGCUUGGAUUUCUACUUUCCUGGGAUAGCGGCACCCAUAACCAUGCCUUUCUCCCCUAACUCAAUCUGAACCUAAAAUCUGUGGGGGGCAAACUUGUUAAUUUCCCCCUUGGAGCUAACUGACUGCACCUUCAGGAAAAUAAGGAACAAUAAGAGCUUGACCCUGGACUCUGUUCUGUAACAUUUAGCAAACAGAUGGGAAGAAAAAGAAGGAGCAUGGGGAGCAUGCCAAACAGCCUACCCCUCCAGGACCUGAGACAAGAGCUUCUAACAGGGAGAACUCAAAAAGGCCAGCAAUACAUUUAAAGCAUACAGCAAACCAAAAGCAAACUUACAGCAGUGUUGACUAUAGAGAUGCUUCGAUACAAAAAGCACAAGAGAAUUGUGGAUGGACUAGGGGAAAGUAGUGUGGGUGUUAUGGAUGAUACAGACAUGGAGGUGAGCAGCUUCACAGAUCGUGCUUUCCGAAGCUUGUGUGUUGCAGAAGAAGAGCCAUACAAUGAUGUUCCUCACCUUCCAUCUCCCAUUGGGGGGAUGCCAAUUUCUAAUAAAUAUCACUUGGGAAUCUUUAACCUUUCAGUCAGAAAGACUCAGCCACUUGCUCAGUUACCCACAAUUUCAGGUCAUCGUGGGAAGUGGGCACCAACAUUCCAACCACUACUCAACUGCAGGAGAGAGGGGAUGUUCAAUGUAAAGACCAACACCAAUAAAUUAUGUGCACCUGAACCAAGGGAAUACAAACAACGCUCCAAAGUAUCAUCUUUAAUUAAAACUUUUGACAACAUUGAGAAUGAAAGACCAGAAGAUUCACCUAUACAGUCAAAGUUGCCAUUGAUAAAAAGUUCCCAGACAGCACUGCUCAGUGCUGAAGAUGACCUCAUCUGUGGCACCAAUCUGCAGGAUAAAAUCAAGAAUGAGCAAGUAGUGCCUUCCAAACAGGAGGAAAUUGCACUACAUGACAGCACCAAAUUACACCGGCGUACAGCUAGGGAUGUAUUUUUAGAGUCUCAGGCUGAUAAUUGUUUUAAGCAUUCACGAUCACCAUGUUCUUUGGGAUCUCCACGCCUAGAUAAAAAGAUGCUGAAAGAGCCCUCAAGGAAGACAAGUUUUCUUCACAGUGAGAACAGUGCUUUCAAGUCCUGGAGUGACAUUCACCAAAAGGUAGGCUUAGGUGAAGACAGUGACUGCUCACUUCCUGGAACACCACCAGUUUUUGGAUAUGCGGCCUCCAGCUCUCCUUUAUUAUCCCGAAUGAUCCCAGGCAUACGGGCAAGGGAGGCUGGAGCAGAGUUGGGCUGGACUUCACCUGCAUCUACAGCAUCCAGCAGCUAUGAUGCAGUGCAAAUGUUAAGGUCUGUUCCUCCAUUACCCAGCAAAAGAGCAGGGAAGCAAGGUAGAGAAUAUAAAAGCAGACUUGGAACCCAAAAAGUUCAGCAAAGCCAUAUGAUUCAAGAGGAGGAGAUGCAGAUAGAUGUGGUAUGUCCAUCUUCCAAAGAGCUUGUAAGCUGGACUGAUGCCUCUAGCAUCAACAAACUGAAAUCACCUAUAGAAUCUAUAGAAGAUCAAGUAAUAUGUAAGAGCCCAGACACCGUGACGAAUGUAAGACCACCUCCUAUUGAACAAAAUGAGGUUAAGGCAAAGGAUGAUUCCUCAAAACUGAAAAUGGAAUCAGGGGAGAUAAGGACAGAUAAAGCAUCAAAUAGUUUAGUACUCUCUGAACAUAUACCCUCUCAAGGAAGAAUAAAAAAUCUAAUACAACAAAUAGAAAAGGAAACAGUUGAAAAAACAGUGGGAUCCCCACAUUUAUCAGAGCUAAGACACAAGUUAAAAGAUUUACAGAAAGGUGAAGAGUCUUUACAUUCAACAUCAGUUUCUCCUGACUCAAAUCCUCCUCCCCAAGCUGUCAGUUUAGUUCCACCAUGGAGAAGAAAAAAAGUCAUACAGAAUUUAGAAUCUGAGAAAGAAAUUAUGCCGGCAGCCAUGGAUAUUAAUGAUUCUGCUAAAGCAUCUCAUGUGCUCACAAUUGAAAAAAAAGAAGAAUUAUUGCAAGAAAAGCCAACAAGCUCAUCUUUCAACAUCACCAAUCUUUUAACUCCUGUCAUAACAAGAAAAAAAAUUCAGGAAGUUCUAGAGGAACUUCCAAUGGCAAUAACACCUCCACCAGCUGAGAUCUUAGUGUCAAAAGAGCAGGAUCCAAAAGAGGUCAGUAUGUACCGGAACAGAGAUGAUUACAAAUCCAAAGCAACCGGUUUGUUAUUCAACCUAAAGGAUAUGCGUAAACGAGUGAAGAGCACAUACAGUCCAGCCCCACCAGUAAGACAUUUAAAAGAAAAUAAUAUUAUUGCAGAAGCCAGGAUACAGGAGGAUGCAAAUGUAAUACAGAAGGAAAUUUCAACUGUUAAGCCUUCUUUGAGGAAGUCAAGACAAGGAGAAAGUGAAAAGAAGACUGAUAUACAUGGAAAUGCAGCAGAUAAUUACUUGUCUCUGAGUUCUCCAGAAAUGGCAUUCUAUAACAAGACUGAGACCAUUCCAGAAGAAAUUUCUGGGUCGGGUAUAAGCCAUAAACUAGAACAGAAUGUAAUAAAUACUAAAGACUGUUUGCCAAAUUUCAAUCAAAAAAAUUACACAGGUGCCAACAUAAAUUUCACAGAAAAAAAUCAUAAGGUCCAGUCACCAGAAGAACCAGAAGAACCAGUUUUGCUGUCAGAAACCAUUUCAGAAACAACAUGCAACAAUUGUGGUGAAUCUCUGGAGGUUCUAGAUGUGCAUGGAAAUGAUGUAUUAGAUAAAAACACAACAGCUAUUUCAUUAAACCAAGGUGUGUCCAAUCCACAGCAACAACUGGAUAGACACUUUGAAAAUAAAGAUAAGGAAAAACUAGAGAAAAGCAAAGUUGUGACAAAGGAUGAUCUGCAAUAUUAUGCUGUAAAUAGCUGUGUAGAUCAGAGUGUUAAUCUGGAGACCGAUAUUGCAAAUAAAGGAGAUGAAAAAGCAAUGGAAAGUGAGAAACUGUUUAAUGAAAAAGCAUGUGACGAUGAGCUUCAAAGACCAGAACCCAGCACAAUGUUCAAACCAAAUUUGUUUCACAUAAAAGACAACAAAGUUCUUCACAAGUCUUCCCCAGUGACAAGGUCAGUAAGGCUGCCUCUGUUAAGGAGCUUUUCAGAAGAUUCACUAGCUUUUAGGAAAGGAGAUGUUCUCAUACAUUCUGAUAACAGAGGACCACUAAGAGAAGCAGAAAAAAAUGAUAUAUAUUUAAAGGACAAUAAAGAUGAUGAAAAUACUGAUAUAUGUUCUAAAGGAAAAGUACGAGAGGUUAUGGGUAUACGUCCAGCAUCAGAGAUACCUAAGCAAAUAGCUUUUGACAGUAACUUUGUGAAAACACAUAAGGAGGAUACUGGAAAUCUAGAUGUGUGGAAAAAGUUAUGCUCUAUUAAUUUUGAAAGGAGAAAAAACAAAAUAGAGAAGGCUGAGAUAAGCAAAUUACAGAAUAGCUCAUUAAAUAUAAGUUCUACAGAGCCUGAAUUGCACUUUUUUCAUCCAGUUGAAACAUGCAUUUCUGAAGUCACAGGGCCAUCCCCUGAAUGCAAUACAUUGUUGUUUCAAGAUGUAAAUAAUUCCAUUAAAGAUAUGGUGAAUGGAGAAGCUGUUGAUUCUCCUCAAACAGACACUGCACUAUAUUCUCCCCUUGAAAACGGCCUAUUGCAAUUUGAAGAUUCAGUGGCAUUUACUGAGGACAUUGUUUGUUCUACCAUAACCAGUCCUAUGUCAGAAAGUGUGACCUGUUCCAUGGUGGCCAGCCCCAUGUCUGUGAAUACUCAAAGUUCUGGCUUUGCCACAGCCCUUUCUACGCUGGAAGAUGUUCCAAGCCCAACAGCAAGUGUAAACACCAAACAUGGGGAAAUUCCUAUACCUCCCCCUGAGAAACCAAUUCCUGCUCUUGAUGGGGUUAUGGAAACACAAACAGUAGAUAAUUCCAAAUAUCAGCAAGAAAAAGUUCCUAUUGUAGAACCACAAAAUAUAAAAGCUAUUCUUGCAGAACCACAAAACCUUAACAGUGCAAAGCCACCUGCUGUGCCCCCCAAAACCGAAAAAGCUCUACGACGUGCCAAACGUCUAACCAAAAAGAGAAGGAAAACUGAGUUGCCACAUAAAAUGCAGGAUGGAGAAUAUCAUGAGGCAGAAUUGGUCUUAGAUGUGCCAUCACCCGGGAAUGUCACACCUACAUUGAUGACUCAACCAAUGCACAUAAAACCUAGUUCCUGUACAUCUAGUAUCUUGGAAGAAGAAGCAUCUAUAUCUGCAUCUUCAACACCUUCUUUGCCAGCCACCCAGCGCAAACUCCUCCAGGAUCCAGAUUCUGGGCAAUACUUUGUAGUGGACAUUCCAGUUCACGUUCGGAUCAAGACCUUUUAUGAUCCAGAAACAGGAAAGUAUUUGCAAGUGUCUUUACCAACCUCGGAGAUGGAAACUCCAAGUUUUGAGGUAUUGAGUAGUCCAUUCAUGAUGUAUCCUGGGCUUCCACCAGUACCAGUCUCAUCUAUAUCCUUACUGAAGGGAAAUUCACAGGCUUUAGAUCAACUUAACAUGGAAAAACCAGAACUGAGAGAUUCUUGGGAGGAGAGAGAUGACACAAACUCAUUAAAGGGGCAAAAAUACAUUGAUUCAAUUUGUGAUUCAUGUGACCAGAGUAUGACAGGCACUCCACAAAGUAUGGACAGAAUACCAAGCAGAUCUAGAAGCCCAGAUAUUAUAUCAAUUAAGGAUUUGGAUGAAUUUGCCAUAGAAGCUAUUUCAUGAGUGCUACUAUACUGUUAGAAUUCUAGGCAAACCCUCAUGAACUGUCACCAAUCGAUACAGUACACUUUGUCUUGGUUGAUGAAGUACAGAAAGUUUUUCACACAUGAGCUUGUUAUAUGCAGCAAAGGCCUUAAAUAUCCCUGAACAGUUUCUACCAACCAAAGAGGCCAUAGCAUAAAGGAGAAGAGCAAAUACUAUAAAAUGUGCCUUUUUUAUUUUCAAUAAUACAAUACGUUGGUAACUUAAGUUAGGCAUAUAAAUCUCACAUGUGCUGUAAGCAAUUCUAUGGCUAUGCUUCAUAUACUGUAAUAUGCUUAUCAUGUUAUGGCAUACAAAUGACAUUAACCAAGAUCAUUUUCAAAAACGUAUUCACUGGAAGACUAGAAAUUUAUCUGAGUAUUAAAAGGUCCUGAUUCCCUAAAUUCUGUCAAAAUCCGAAGUUUAUUUUUUGUUUAGAUGUAAUAAUAAUAUAAUUAUCUUUCCACCAUUAUUCAAUAUGUACUGACACAAUUGUUUCAUAUUUAGAAGCAAUGUUACCCAUAUCAACCAAGCUGCAAAGUUGGACAAAAAAAAUUGUAUAAUUAUAUAAAUACUAUUUGUUAAUAUGUUGUUCUCUAAGAAAGAAGCAAACAUAUAUAUAGAUAGGUAGACCUGGCUUAAAUACUACCUCUCUAAUUUAUAAGCACUUUUCUACCAAACCAAACCAGGCUAAGUGAUUCAUUAUUAAUUAAUUAAGGUAUUAUUGUAAUAAUCCAAACUCCAGUACAUUUACAAAGUGUAAGUGUAAAUGUUCCCUUCAGGAGAUCACGAAAUAUAACAAACAACAUAUAUUUUAUUAAAAUGAAAAACAUUAUUAUAUAUAAGAUGAAAAACAUUAUUAUAUACAGGUAUAACAUUUUAACAGUCAAGAAAAAUAUCCCUUUAAUCAGCCAGUACAUGGAACAUUCUGGAAAUGUAGCAGAAAGUCUCAAAUAAUAAAAUGUUACAUAAUUUUUUCUGCUGAUCAGAAAUAAUGACCAAAUUUAAAAGGAUCCCCUUUUUAAAUCUUAGCAUAUUUUAUGUGGUUGCUUUUAUCCAUGCAGUCAAUAUAUUUGCUUCACAGUUUGAACAGGGAUUUGGCCAAUUUACAUCUUUUGGGAUACUGGCUGUCCAUAAAGACAUAGAAGAACAGUUACAGCUUACCAACACAAAACCUCUGCAUUGUUGUAUUGUACUGAAAAUGCCAUGUAUGUGAGUGACAGAGUUCUGGGCCCUCCUUUGGAAUCUGCUAUACAAGCUAAGAAUUGUAUUUGUUGCUUUGACCAAGGAGGGGUCCAUUACAUUUUAUUGAAUGCUGUGUCUAGUAGCCCUACCAAGUCAUACAAGGCUUGGCAGUUAAUAGUAAGAAGAAGCAAAAUGUAGCAAUUAGGAGUGUGAAAAGAGAGAAGGAACUGGAAGUGAAAUCUUGGAUGGUGAAGUACUACUGUAAGGACAUUUGUUUUGAGUGGGAUGAAUAAUAGUUAGGUUAAGACAGUGUGUAACAAUACCAAGAAAAACUGCACCUAUAUGUAAGAGUAUUUUGUAACAUGCACAGUGUGUAUAGACCUUAGAACAUGGUCAAGAAUAUGUCUUUUUCAUUUUUUCAUGCAGAAUUAAUAAAUAAAAUGCUUUAAAAAUGUGACUCGAUUGGGUCCACAAAUCUAUGAGCAAAAAUCUGUAUUACAGUAAAUUAUUCAGCAAUUAACCAGCUGGGGGCAAAAAGCUUUGCAGAUUCAGGUAGGAUAUUACAGAUGUCAGUGUUAGGCUAUAGCUCUAUAUUCAAUUGUUAUUAAAGUCAUUAGCCAAUAAUGGCCUAUUACAGGCAACAGAGAUUGCUUCACCACUGUUUCCCCAGAGGUACUCGCUUGUCAGUGUAUGCCUGAAGGGUUCUAAUGAUAGGAUAGUAUAAAGCAACCAGAGUAAUGCUGCAUUUUCACCACAAGAGAAAUCCAAACUGAAAACACACUUUAAUUUUCAAUAAAGUAAACAAAGUAUAAAGUACCACAGUUCUAUACCUAGUUGUUUUUUUGAGUUGGCUUAAAAUGUUAUGGCUAGAAAAUUAUGAAUUCGGUAAGAUUUGCUAUUUUAUUCUCAUUUUGAUGAUGUAACAAUAAAGUGCCUUUACAUUUACCUUCA